CCCUUUCCCACGUGUUUCUCAAUCAUCACAUGACUCUGUCCAAAGUGAAGUAUUGAAAUGGCCGACGUCCUCAAAAAACACCAGCUCGAAUCCGCUCUCUACGCGGAGAAGAAGGAAAUCUCUUCUGGCCGACUCAAGGAUGAGAACCCUCUCGAUACCAGCCCCGAGUUCAGGAAGUUCUGUGAGGCAUGUCGUCGAGGCCAUCUCCGCGUCUGUCAAGAGCAAAUUGGAACGGGAAAGAUCAAUAUUAAUGCCCGAGACGAGUAUGACUAUACGCCACUGAUUCUUGCGUCACUAUGUGGGCACUACGAAGUCGUCCAAAUGCUGCUGGAGCAAGGUGCUCUAUGCGAACGAGACACGUUUCAGGGGGAACGGUGUCUGUACAAUGCAUUGAAUGAUCGCAUUAGAAAUCUGCUACUGCAGUACGACUACAGCAAGUCCACGAACCCUUUGCAGCCAUUGGCAGCGCAUGUCACUAGUCUCCUCACUCGUGACACUCCCAAGACGGCAGACAUUACCGUCCAGGCGGGCCAUGAUACUUUUGAUCUCCAUAAAUUCGUGCUUAGCGCGAGAAGUCCAUACUUUGCUCAGAAGCUUGCUGCUGCGCCCGAGACCAAGUUCUGGAAACUUGCGAGUUCGAUUGCACCACGAUCAUUCGAAACGUGCAUCAGGUAUCUAUACAUGGCAGAGGUUGGCGUUGAUCUUGGCGAAGACGACGAGGCACGAGCCACUCUGGCUGGAAUCGAUACAUUGAGUCGACAAAUGGAAAUACAGCAGCUCUAUCAGGACUUACUUUCAUCUGGAGACCGACGUCAAGCGAGACAAAGAAGGACCGAAGAGGUGUCGCGAAGUCGAGACCAGUUGGCUACUUGGUUCUCUGAUAACAUCCUCAAACACAAGACCACCGUGGCGACAGAAAAGGUCGAUGGCGUAAAGUGGGAUCGCAACAACACCAUCUUCGCAGACGUACUUCUCCGUGCCGAUGAAGAUGAGGGCGGAGGAGAAGAAUCUGGGCCACCGCUAACCACAACACGACAAACGGAAGGACCACUCAACGGCAUCCCCAUUGGGCGCUUCAACAACAAUAAUGACAACCAACAUCCUUCACAAAAACCUCGCCAGUCCGUCCUCUUCCCCUGUCAUCGAGCCAUGCUCCUCCGAUCCGAAGUCUUCGCCACCAUGUUCGCCUCUUCCUUUCGCGAAGCGCAAGAAUCUCCCCACCUCCAAAUUAUCCCCGUAGACUGCUCUCCCGAAGUCCUCGAAAUCAUUCUCACCUUCAUGUACACGGAAAAAGCCGAUUUCCCACUCUCCAUCGCUUUGGACGUACUCCAUGCCGCCGACAUGCUCUUCAUCGAACGCCUCAAACAACGAGCUGCCCUUUUAAUCAGUACCCUAGGAGCCGGAUCUGUAUUUGCACAAAAAGACACCUCGACUACUACCACCACCAAAAACAACAAACGCAUCACCACCAACCUCGAAGAAGACGACGACGACAACGACGACGAAGAAGAAGAAGAAGAAGACCUCCUCCCCUCCUCCCUCGACAUCUACGACGUCGUCCGCGCCGGCUGGGACACCCGCGUGCACCGCCUCGAAGAAUUCGGCGCGCGAUACAUUGCCUACCAAUUAGAAAAAUACAUCGAUGAGCCCGACUUCCGCCUUUUGGUCCGCGAAUCCGCGAAUCGCAUUUCUCAGAGAGAAGAAACUGAUACGGUCGAAUUGAUUGAUGAUGUUAGAUAUUAUCUUUCGGAACGCUUUCGUUUGAGGUUUGAGGAUACCGGGUUUGAUGAGACUUUUGAUGAGGGUGGGGGUGGUGAUGUAGAGGGGGAGGGGGAGGGUGAUGGUGGUGGGGUGGAUAAGGAUGCUACUAUACUACAGGAUCAACAACAGCAACAGCUUCAAGAAAUUGAAGGUCAAGUAGUGAUUCGUACACUUGAUGGAGAAAUUGCAGGAGAUGAAUUUGCCCAAGAUGCGUUGAAUUAUCAGAUUUUGUUGGGCAAAAUUGAUACGUUGAUGGAGAAUUUGGGGUUGGAU